AUGUGCUUUAUUUGUCUCUAUGUUUUCUCAGAAGCCGAGGACAGUAAUGAGACUCCAUCCUCUGAAGAAGACCAGGACCUGGUGGACUUUAACGCAGACCUGACCAUCAAACAGAGCAUCUCCUCGUCCAGGAAGACCAUCAGUCAGAUCAUCAAAGACAAGAAGAAACAGACGCAGCUCACUCUGCAGUGGCUGGAGGAGAAUUACAUAGUGUGUGAAGGAGUGUGUCUGCCUCGAUGUAUCCUCUAUGCCCACUAUCUGGACUUCUGCAGGAAAGAGAAACUAGAGCCGGCCUGUGCCGCAACAUUUGGAAAGACGAUCCGACAGAAGUUUCCUCUUCUGACAACGAGAAGACUGGGCACCAGAGGACACUCCAAAUAUCAUUACUAUGGAAUUGGCAUCAAAGAGAGCAGCGCCUACUAUCACUCUGUGUAUUCUGGGAAAGGUUUGACCAGAUUUUCAGGGAGUAAGCUCAAGAACGAGGGAGGUUUCACCAGGAAAUACUCUCUGAGCUCGAAAACUGGAACUUUGCUCCCAGACUUCCCCAGUGCUCAGCAUCUUCUGCUGCAGGGAAACAUCUCCAGAGAAAAGGUGGACACUCUGAUCAUGAUGUAUAAAACGCACUGCCAGUGCAUCCUGGACAACGCCAUUAACGUCAACUUUGAGGAGAUCCAGAAUUUUCUGCUCCACUUCUGGCAGGGAAUGCCCGACCACCUGCUGCCGCUGCUGGAAAACCCCGUUAUAGUCGACAUCUUCUGCGUCUGCGACUCCAUUCUCUAUAAGGUUUUAACAGAUGUUCUGAUUCCUGCUACGAUGCAGGAGAUGCCUGAAAGUCUGUUGGCAGAUAUCCGCAACUUUGCCAAACACUGGGAGCACUGGCUGGCCUCCUCCCUGGAAAACCUCCCAGAAUGCCUUGCAGCCAAGAAACUGCCUAUUGCACGCCGCUUUGUCUCCUCCCUGAAGAGACAGACCUCGUUCCUGCACCUGGCACAGAUAGCCCGUCCGGCGCUGUUUGAUCAGGCCGUGGUGACCAGCAUGGUGCUGGAUAUCGAUAACGUGGAUCUCAGCAGCAUCAGCUCACAGCCUCUGCUCAGCAUAAACACUACAGGAGACCAGGACCCAGACAUCUACUCUGAGUAUGACUCCAUCACCGUCUUUCAGGAGCUGAAGGAGCUGCUGAGGAAGAACGCCACAGUGGAGUCCUUCAUCGAGUGGUUGGACUCUGUCGUGGAGCAUAAAGUCAUCAAGCCCGGGAAGCAGAGCGGUCGAUCGGUGAAGAAGCGAGCUCAGGAUUUCCUGCUCAGAUGGAGUUUCUUUGGUGCCAGAGUGAUGCACAACCUCACACUCAACAACGCCUCCAGCUUUGGUUCCUUCCAUCUGAUCAGGAUGCUGUUAGACGAGUACAUCCUGUUGGCUCUGGAGACUCAGUUUAACAACGACAAGGAGCAGGACCUGCAGAACCUGCUGGACAAAUACAUGAAAAAUGCAGAUGCCAGUAAACUUGCGCUCAUGGCUUCACCUAGUUCCUGCUUUCUUGCCAAUCGCAACAAGGCCAACUCUGCCACUGACCAAUCGGUGAAGAACGAGUCUCUGGUAGAACACGCCUAUAUGUCUCUGUCCACCAAUCAGCAGCAAAGUCUGGAGACAAGCACGGUCAUCUACCAGGGGACAGAUACUGCUGGCUUCACAGUUUCAGGUGGUCAGAUGGACUUCUCUCAGAUCAGCGGCCCCCUCAUGACGCCCCCUAUCUCUCCAGCAGCGUUAGUGCACCGAGGCUCCGUCAUCAACCAGGGGCCCAUGGCAGGCAGACUCCUGCCUGCAAUGACCCAGCCCAGCCCCUGCUCUUCCUACCCGGAGACCCUGUAUCACUGCUUACCUCAGACCAGCUCUAGUUACUUCCCUCCAGCCAGCAGCUCCUCAACCUCGAACUACCAGCCUGCACUCAGACCUCAGACCCAGAAUCAGUGUCUGGCCUCAGUUCAGUCUCAGGCUUCAUCUCUGGCCUACCAGCUCUCUCGGUACCCCUCGUUUAAUGACCAGCAGCUGACUAAAGACUUGUUCUACAAUCAUCAUCAUCAUCCUCCUUCAUCAGUCCAUCACUCAUCCAGCAGCACGAACUGCUCCCUGACACCUUAUGCCUCUGCAGUCCGGCCCACAUCCAGCUACAGUUCAGGUUCAGAUCCAGUUCAGACUGAACAGGGGCUGGACGUUCAGACUGCCGCUCAGAUUCUGGACUCAGCUGAAGGGUUCGGCUUCGUGGGGGCAGGACUGAACCCCUCAAGUGGUGGGUGUCAGGGACAGACGUUUUCUGCCACAGGACACAGCGGUUACUAUGGCAACAGCAGUUACCUGGACAGCCAGCGGAUGACAUCACUGGUCGACCAGCACGUGUCCGUCAUCAGCAGUGUCAGCAGUCUGCGUCCCUUCCCUUCAACGUACUCCGAAGUUCACGAUCCGCUCAACAUCCUGGAUGAGCCAGGAAGGAAAACUACAGGAACCUAUUUCACAGAGGCUGAACCUGGAGCAGAUCAUUCCCUUCCCCCGUCGGGAUCUGCUCCCUGCAUGUUUGGAGUUCCCUCUCCGUUCCCCCCGCAGGAAACACUGUUGUCUCAGCAGCGCGUGACGCCAUCCUCAGAGGUGCAGGACCUGGUGUCCUCGCUGCCUCCCAUCAACACCGUCUUCAUGGGCGCAGGAGGAGUGCAAUGA